UCCCAGAGGCUGAACAUAGGGAAUGUAUGUUUCACUUCGUGUCCAACUUCAAGAAGAAGUUUCAUGGAAAGGUGUUUGAUGACCACCUUUGGGCUGCUGCUUACUCAUGGAACCCAUAUAUAUUUGAAAAAAAUGGGCUGCAAUGGACAUAGCAAAGCCAGCGGCAACUGCAUAUCUUAGGAGGUGGCACACUAGGUUGUGGUUCAGGAGUGAGUUCUCAACAAUUUCCAAGGUGGAUUAUGUUACAAACAACUUGGCUGAGUGCUUCAAUAAUUGGAUUAAGCAUCACAAGUCCUUGAACUUGGACGACUUCUUUGGUAAGGUUAGGCAGAUGAUUAUGAUCAUGUGGAACCGAAGGAGGAAAGUAGCAAGGAAGUUGGUUGGGUUGAUUCUUCCCCACAUAAUUAAGAAGUUGAAUGCAAAGACUAGAGAAUUAAACUUGGAGGUGGUAGAAAGCUCAGAAGAAGUCGCUGAAGUGACAACAUUGGGAGGCAGCGGCUUUAGGUUUGUGGUCAACUUGCUUGACAGGACAUGUUCUUGUAGACAAUGGCAAGUUUCUGGCCUUCCUUGCAAGCAUGGUCUAGCAUUUAUCACAUCUCUUAUCAAUGCACACAUACAGAAUUAUGUGGACUUGUAUUACUCCAUUGACAAAUUUAGGGCAGCCUAUGACCAACUAAUUCCUGCCAUGGUUGACAAGAACCAAUGGCCUAAAUCUGACCAUGGAUUCUUCAUGUUUCCACCACUACUAAAAUCCACGGCGGGUAGGCAUAAAACUGAGAGGUAUAAAGGCUGCAGUGAGAAGAAAAGAAAAAGCGGCCAACACUUAUGCCCUAUUUGUAAGGACUAUGGGCAUCAUUGGCAUAAAUGCAAGAAGGGUAACCCAGAUGACAUUGCUGCUAUUUUAGCUGUGAGAGGACCACCAAAGAAGAGGGCAAAGACCACCAAAGCAUCAAUUGUGCCUUGCGAGGAUGAUGCUCCAGCAGCCUCUAUGUGCUUUCCGCCAAGCCAAAGCUUGGAACCUACAACUACGAAAAAGAGAAAACAUGAUAACUCAAUUACUGGAGCAUCAAAAAGACAAAUGUUGGAGAAAACAACUAAGGAAAAAGGGAAAGGGAGUAAAUCUGGAUCCAGAGUAGCAAAAAGAUCAACAACUCAGCCCAUUUGUGUGCCCAACAAGAAAGCAUCUGUUGCUUUGAAAUUACAUGCCAAAAGAAAAGGCAAAGAGGUUGCUGAUAAGUUGCCACACCUUCCUAUGGUGCCACAUGAUAGCCCUGCAAUGGGCACACGUAGCAAAAAAAUGAAUCCUGCCAGCCCUGCAAUGAGCACACGAAGCAAAAGGAGGCUUAGCUUGUGAUUCUCAUUGGAUCCCUUUCCAUAUCAUGGUUUAUUUGGGAAACUUUUGAGCUGUUUAUGUAAUCUAUAUGUGAACCUGGGCUUUUGUAAGUGCUAUAUGUGACCUUCAUGUGUUGUAUUUGACAUGAUGUGAACCUGGACUAUUAUAUGUGAACUCUAUGUGAACCUGAAUGUGUGUAGAGGACUAAAUAUGUGGACUAUUUCCGUAUAUGUGAACCUGGACCAAGUUUCUA